AUGGUCAAGACUUCCGUCCUCAACGAUGCGCUCAACGCCAUCAACAACGCCGAGAAGGCUGGCAAGCGCCAAGUCAUGAUCCGUCCUUCUUCCAAGGUCAUCGUCAAGUUCCUUACUGUCAUGCAGCGUCACGGCUACAUUGGCGAGUUCGAGGAGGUCGACGACCACCGCAACGGCAAGAUCGUCAUCCAGCUCAACGGCCGCAUCAACAAGACCGGUGUCAUCUCUCCCCGCUACAACGUCCAGCUCCGCGACAUGGAGAAGUGGGUUGUCAAGCUACUCCCCUCGCGUCAAUUCGGUUACAUCGUCCUCACCACCUCUGCCGGUAUCAUGGACCACGAGGAGGCCCGCAGGAAGCACGUUGCCGGAAAGAUCCUUGGUUUCUUCUACUAG